AGUUGGCAGGAUCCUUGCCAGGAUUCUGUAAGUCCUUAGAUUGAGUCAGUAGGUUUGUCAGUCAGGGGUCAGAGUCUACGUGGUGAGGAGUGGAAUUGUUCUAAUUGUGCACCUGUCACCAUGGUUGAGACUCGUAGUGGGAUAGACACCAGCCCAUACACCCCUGAGCAGCAAGAAAAGAUGACCGCCUUAGUGAAAGAGAACAGGGAGAGGAAAGAGCGCGAGAAGCAGGCGAAGCUAAAGGCUAUCGCAAAGGAGCAGGCGGCGAAGAUAAAGGAAUUGGAGGAGGAGAUGGAGAAAAAGAAGAAGGCUGCUGAAGAAGAAGCGGCAGCAGAAGAAGAAAAAGAGAGAAUGUGUAUUGAGACUAGAGAGGGAAGCAGUGGCACAAAGAGGGACACAGACGCAGAGAUGGAGAGGAAAAUAAGUGAGUGGAUUGCUAAUUUAUCGUUGGGAGAAGAUGAGGAGGCAGAGUCCUAUGUGACUCAGGAGGAGAGGGAUGCGCUAGCCAGUGAGCUAGCAACCAUGACGGAUCCUAUGGAACGGCGAGAAAGGAAGGAGGAGCAAAAGUUGGCAUGGAAGUUAAGGAUGAAGAGGGAGAAGAAGAGGAGGAGAGAGGAAGUGAACAAGCUGACCGCAGAGGUGACAAAGGUGCAGGAGUGCAGGAAGGAAGUGUUGGCCCAGCCAGAUGACAAGGCCAACUGGGAUAAGGUAUUGGGGUACCUAGAGGUACUGAGCAAAGCAUGGAUGGAGGAGCGCCAAGCUAGUUGGAGCCAAGACACAGCUCUGAGUGCCAUGCGGUCAGGGUUUAGGGAGUUUGCGCGCGAGAUAGUCACCCACAUUGGGGGCGAAGUUAAGGAGUUGAGAGGCAAUGUGGGGAAGUUUUGUGAGGGCGCUAUUGAGGGCGCCAAAGCGAUAGACGCUAUAGAGGGCGAGGCUAGACCCCAUAAAGAGCCUGUAAAGCUCAAGUUCCCAGAUGCGUACGGGGGAAAGGAGGAAAACUUUGACAACUGGGAGGCCAGUGUCAACAGUUACAUAUAUUUACAACACAUCUUGACAGAGGAAGAAGUCCUCGUGGCCUUCCAGGCCCUCAAGGAUGAAGCGGCUAGUUUCGCCAGGUCUCUUGCGAGCGUAGCCGGUUGUGAAAACAACCUGGUUGCAUAUUCAAAAGUCACCCCCCUUUCUCAAUUCCUCAAGCUCCUGAAGGAGCGAUUUGCAGACCCAACGAGGGGCGUUCACACCUCUAAUAAGCUGCAAAUGAUCCACUCACGACAGUGGAGGAGUGCAAGGGCACUCAAGGGUACCACGGACGACUUGGUAGCCGUCCCAGACCAUGGGGUCACUGAGCCCCAGUUGGUCCAGUUAUUUUAUCGUGCCAUGCCAGAGGCCUUACGUGGGCAUUUCUUUGACAAGUCUCAACAGGCCGGCAUCACUUAUGAUGCAUUGAGUCGAGAAGUCGUCCUGUAUGAGUCGAGGUUCAUGCCAGUUACCACCUUCUGGCAUAAGGACUUGGAUAAGGGAAAAAGGUGGAAGGGUCGUACCAUCUCAGGCCAGGUGAGGGCCAAGGAUCACAUGAUCCUUACUUUAGAGGAAGGUGGUACUGAUGAGGUCCCAUACAGUCAGAUUGAGUGGGGCCUAGAAGAGGAGGACAGUAGUAUGGGGCAGGGGAGGUCCUAUGCUGCUGUCAAGGCUGGAGGGAGGCUGCACGGUAGAGGAGGAGGCCAGGGCCAAAGGGGCCAGGCCAUGGGAGGCCAAGGUCCGGGCGCACAGGGGGUUGGCGGACAGGGAAACCGCCAAGCGGGAGGUAGGGGUCAAGGUCCCCCGCCAGAUCGCCAAGGUUCCAAUCGGUCCCCACAGCGACGAGGUGGAAGGGCACCUCAAGGAGGAUGGCACCCAGGCUUGCCACAGGGCAGGCCCUGGGAAGAUUUGGGCUUSGACCAGGGCAUAUGGCAGGAAUGCGUGAACUUGGGUCAGUGCGUGUUUUGUGGUGACCCGGCCCACCACAGGAUUGAGAUAGAGCCUGGCAGUAGAACUCCUAAGGGAGCAGUCUAUAGGAUGUCCCCUAGAGAGUUAGAGGAGCUGCGCAAGCAGUUAGAGGAGCUGCGCAAGCAGUUAGACGAGCUCCUCGAGAAAGUUUGGAUCAGGCCCAGUUCGUCUCCUUUUGGGGCACCAGUUUUGUUUGUCCCCAAGAACGAAGGAGAGCUUCAUAUGUGUAUAGACUAUAGGGGUUUGAAUGCGAUUACUGUAAAGAAUGUUGAAUCGCUGCCCAGGAUAGACGAUCUUUUAGAUCGGGUGCAGGGUUGCAAGUACUUCUCUAAGAUAGACUUGAAGUUCGGAUACCAUCAGAUAAAAGUCCAUCCUGAUGAUCAGUACAAGACUGCAUUCCGGACUAGAUACGGGCACUAUGAGUUUAUAGUGAUGCCCUUUGGACUAACCAACGCGCCAGCCACCUUUCAGCGUUGUAUGAAUGACCUGUUUAGACCAUGGUUAGACAAGUUUGUGGUAGUCUACUUAGAUGAUAUCUUAGUUUUUAGUAAGACCCUCCAGGAGCACCAGGGUCAUCUGAGGCAGGUCUUGGAGAAGCUACGAGAGGCUAACUUCAAGAUCAAUCCAAAGAAGUGCGGGUGGGCCAAGACACUGGUCUUGUACUUAGGCCAUGUAUUAGACGGAGAUGGCGUUAAGCCAGAGGACAGUAAAAUAGCGGCAAUCAGAGAUUGGCCGACGCCCCGCACAUUGACAGAGUUGCGGUCGUUCCUAGGCCUAGCUAACUACUAUAGAAAGUUCGUGAGGAACUUUUCCACUAUCGCUGCUCCCCUGCGCAGGUUGCUUAAGAAAGAGGCAAUCUGGCAAUGGGACAAAGAUUGUACGUCUGCGCUAAAGAGACUGAAGCGCGCGUUAAUAGAGUACCCUGUCCUCAAAGUAGUAGAUCCGUCCUUGCCAUUUGUCGUCACCACGGAUGCAAGUCAGUAUGGAAUAGGCGGCGUGUUGCAGCAGGAUGACGGCAAUGGCUAUAGACCCGUAGAGUUCAUGUCCGCAAGGAUGCCCUCAGAGAAGGUAGCCACCUCGACGUACGAGAGAGAACUCUACGCUCUCAGGCAGGCCCUAGAGCACUGGAAGCAUUACCUGCUUGGGAGGCACUUCAAAGUGUAUUCUGACCACGAGACCCUUAGAUGGUUAAAGACUCAGGCCAAGAUGACACCUAAGUUGACUAGGUGGGCCGCAGAGAUAGACCAAUAUGACUUUGAGCUUAAACUAGUGAAGGGCAAGUACAACGUAGUUGCGGACGCUCUGAGUAGGAGAUCAGACUACUUUGGAGCCAUAGUACACUAUCUGGAUAUAGGGAGAGACCUGCAAGAGAAAGUAAAGCAAGCUUAUGCGCAGGACCCUAUUUAUAGCGACCUCCUAAAGAGAGUUAGAGAGGCCCCAGAGACUGAGCCAGAUUACCGCACUACAGACGGGUUGUUGUUUGAGAAGACUAACGUAUUUGACCGCCUGUGCGUUCCCAACAGCGAAGAGAUCCGCACUUUGAUCCUAGGGGAAUGCCACGAUCAUGAGGGACAUUUCGGUUGGCAAAAGACAUUAGCUAAUCUAAUGCUCGCGUACACUUGGCCAGGAAUGAAGAAUGACUGCAUAGAGUAUGUCCGCAGUUGUAAAGUAUGCCAGCAUAAUAAGACUACUACGCGUGCACCCCUUGGUCUUCUCAGACCCUUGCCUAUUCUGGAUCAGCCGGGAGACUCAGUGUCCAAAGACUUCAUGGACACCCAAGUCAAGAGCAGACAUGGUAAAAGCCAAGUCAUGGUCAUAGUUGACCGAUUUAGUAAGUAUGCAGUUUUUGUUCCUUUGCCUGCAGAGGCACGUACAAACUUAGUUAUACGGAAGUUCUUUGAUUUUUGGGUUGGUGAGAAUGGAAUCCCAUUGUCCAUAGUUAGCGAUAUAGAUAGUCGUUUCACCAGCCAGAACUGGCAAGAACUCAUGAGAGUCUACGGAUCUAAGCUGUUGAUGUCGUCUGGCCACCAUCCAGAGACUAACGGUCAGACCGAACAGAUGAACAAGAUCCUCCAGCAGGUUUUGCGCAUGUACAUUAGACCUGACCAGAUCGACUGGGAUGAGAUGUUGCCCAAGGUAGCUAGCGCAUACAACAAAAGCGUGCAUCUGUCCACCUGUCGCACUCCCAAUGAGCUACACAAGUCCUUCAGACCGCGCAAAACAUUUGAAGGACUGAACCGGGAUCAGAUUCACAGGCUACCGCCCGGUACCAGGGAGUUUGCGAUACAGCACGGGAAAGAGCUAGCAACAGUUGUAGAGAAUCUCAGGAAGGCCCAGCAUAGAAUGAUAGAACAAGCUAAUAAACACCGUCGCCCGUCACAGUUUCAGGCGUAUUGCUUGCAGUCGCGAAAAAAUUCAAAGGCAAGGAAAUGGGGGAGAUUCGAGGAGGAGGUUGUUCAAGAAGUUGGCCCACUAUGCAAGAUGGAGGUGUUCACCCAAGUCUCUCUGGAACCAGAUUAUUCAUACAUUGUAGUCCCGUACACGGAGAUGGCAGGACAGGAGGGAGCAUUCAUCCUCAGAACAUUCAGUUGGACACUACAGCCUUUCAGGGGUGAGGUGGAUAUCACAACCGAUGCUGAGAAGGGAGAGGCUUCUGAUGUGAAGCCUCAGAUUCCUCUUGAUCCCUUAGAGGCUGAACUGCUUGCUGAAGAAGAAAAACUUCGCAAACAGGCUGAAGCAGUUCAGGCUCUAAAGGAGGAGUUAAAAUGGAAAGAGGAAGCUGCCAGAAAAGAAACGAGAAGGCGGGAACUGGUAGUCGAUGUGGAGAAGGUCAAGACAAGUGGCAGUUCCAAUUGGGUCACUACACAAAGAACCUACCUGAGUGGGUUCAAAUGUGAUGAGGAUGUAAAGGUGUCUGCCAUCCUUGCUCGUCUGGAGAGGACUGCACUGAAAUGGUGCACCUCUACCUCCAGCAAGCAGGGGAUGGAAAUGUCUGAUUGGGCGCAGAGGUUGGGGGUGGCUGGAUUUCUGCAGGCACUGCAGGACCGGUUUGCAGACAAGGAGCAGGCCAUAAAGGCAGCAAAUAACAUUAUGCGCCUGGGCCAGAAAAAGUUUGAUGGCUCCUUGUCCAAACUGUACUCCACCUUUGACAGUCUCACAUCGACUUUUGAGUUGAAGAUGAGUGAGCAGGAUCUGCUCAUUCAUUUCCUCAGGGCAGCGCCUGAGCAAUUCCAGCUCGCAUUAUUCUCUCAGGGCCACAAGGAUUGGCAGUCCUUGGGCAGAGCAGCUCUGGACUUGGAGUCCAAACUCCAUGUCCAGGAAGCACCUUCUGAAGGAAGGGACCCUCCUCAAAGGGGCGAAGAAGGAGGAAGGGUGCCCUGUCAGACCAAACAUAAGAUUGAGAUCCUGUCUGGUUCGGUCCCUCCCAAGGGCAGAGUCUACAGGAUGUCACCUGCUGAACUUGAUGUGCUUAGGAAACAGUUGGAGACCCUGACCAUCAAAGGCUGGAUCAGACCCAACACAUCUGAGUUUGGGGCACCAGUCCUCUUUGUUCUAAAGGGGAAUGGUGAGUUCAGGAUAUGCGUGGAUUAUCGAGGUCUCAACAAAAUCACGAGGAAGUCUACAGAGCCCCUUCCUCGCAUUGAUGAUUUGUUGGACAUGGUGCAAGGCUGUACCAUUUUUAGCAAGAUCGAUCUCAAAUCUGGCUACCACCAGAUUGAGAUGGCUAAAGGCGAUGUCCACAAGACAACCUUCAAGACUAGGUAUGGCACUUAUGAGUACCUGGUCAUGUCAUUCGGUCUUUGCAAUGCCCUGGGCACCUUCCAGACAGAGAUGCAUCGCAUACUCAGACCUUACUUAGACAGAUUUGUAGUUGUCUACUUGGAUGAUAUCCUGGUAUUCAGUCGAUCUGCCCAGGAGCAUGCGCAGCAUCUGGCUCUGGUCCUCCAGGCAUUAUGCGAUAACCGGCAUAAGAUCAACAGGGAGAAAUCCUCUUUUGGGGUUCCCUCUGUGAUCUAUUUGGGUCACGUCAUUUCUGGAGAGGGGUUAGCUUCUGAAGCAACGAAAGUUGCUGCAGUUUAGGACUGGCCGUGGCCUGCUAACAUUCGUGAUGUCCGGUAAUUC